CCUCCUGCUUUUCACAUGAUCUGUAGCUUUCACAAGAGGAGAGACGGGAAUGUGGAUAAGAUCGACAACACCGAUGGCUGAGCGAAGCCACAGUCCGUCCAUAAUGCGUUUAUUUUACACUGUCUGCAUCUGGGUGGCAUUUGUCCACUGCACCAACGGAAUUCCCUGGACUCAAGAGAAGCUCCAUCAUCGAGCUGUCACACUAACACCAGAGGAGAUCCAGACUGCGCUGUCACACACUGACCUGGAGCAGAUGUGGCAGAGGGACCUGAGGCCUCUGCUUGUUACCAGGUACCCGGGCUCUGCAGGCAGCCAGGCCGUGCAGCAGCAUAUUAAGACAGCCCUUGGUUCCCUCGGGGCAGGCUGGGAAGUGACGGAGGAUAGUUUUGUGUCACAAACACCCUAUAGCCCACUCCCCUUCACCAACCUCAUUGCCACCCUCAACCCAUCAGCCAAGCGUCGCUUGGUCCUGGCCUGUCACUAUGACUCCAAGUACUACCCACCACAAUGGCACGGGAAGGAGUUCCAAGGCGCCACUGAUUCUGCUGUUCCCUGUGCCAUGAUGUUGGAGCUGGCAAAAGCCCUGGAUGAAGAACUGAAAGCUCAGAAGAGCUCCGAUGCCAACCUGACCCUACAGUUACUUUUCUUUGAUGGAGAGGAAGCUCUUUUCCAGUGGACCGAUACAGACUCCCUGUAUGGCUCUCGCCACCUCGCCCAGACGAUGGAGCGUACCCCGCACCCCGCUGGAGCCACAGACACCAAUCAACUGCACGGCAUAGAUCUGUUUGUUUUGCUGGACCUGAUCGGGGGCCCUGACCCACGCUUUGGGAACCAGUUCCCUAGCACAUCACACUGGCUCUCCAGACUGCAGAACAUUGAAAAGCGUCUGCAUUCCAUGAACCAGCUUGUGAAUCACAACCAAGCCGUGCAAUAUUUCUGGCCAAAUCAUCCUGUUGGCCACAUUCAAGAUGAUCAUAUACCAUUUUUAAACAGAGGAGUCCAUAUCCUCCACCUGAUCCCCUCCCCCUUCCCGUCGGUGUGGCACACAUUUGAUGACAAUGAGCAAAACCUGGAUCGCUCCACCAUUCAGAACCUGAACAAGAUCCUGCAGCUCUUUGUUCUGGAGUACCUCGACGCCAGACCUGCCAACACUACAAACCAUUCCAACCCUUCAAACCCACAAAAUGCCCCGUAAAACCCCCAGCAUUUCUUUCAACAACCUUUCUUUGAUGUUUCACCAUAAUAAAGAUCUUCAACUGUUA